AUUACAUUCCUCUUUGGAAAUUUACACGGGAAUUAAGGAGGAAAGAAUAAGACAAAUAACAAUAAUUAGAUAAUGCAAUGGGAAGUACAAAACAUUAAAUAAUGGUUUUGAGUAAAACAAAGAUAGAUUAGUGAUUACUCAUGACAUGUCAUCAAUGCUUUGCAAAAAAAAAAAGGGAUCAAUCACAUGCUCCUAAUUGAAAAUUUUUAACCAAUCAUAUUCAUUGUAAUUUGGCACAAGGAUUCUGAAAACAUUAGCCAACCAAACAUUAAUAGUGGAAUGUAAAUACAUUAGUUAUACAUUAAAAGUACAAUUGAAAAAGAGAGUGUGUUUGGGAUAUUUAGAAAAAAAACUUACUAAAAAUAAAAAGGUGGAAUGUAAUUUUGGAAUACCCAAAAUAGAAAGGAGGAAUGUAAUUUAGGGACGGAGGGAGUAUAAAAAUUGUACAAAAAGUACAUUAGCACAUGGAAAGACAAGGACUUUUGAGUAUAAAAAUUGUAAAAUAAGGGUAAUUUUGUCCAAAAUUUAUGACCAAAAUAGGAAAGAUACUAAAUGUACAGAAUAAAAAAGAAAACUCUAAAUGAAAACGUAAAAAACAUUUUGGAACUAAGGGAGUAUGUGUGAAAAAACAAGGGUAUGAUGGGUAUUUGUAGUGUGAUCCCAAAUAAUUUUUUUCAUUAAAAGAAAAUGAUGCAAUAUUUGUGAAAUUUCCUAAAUUACAUGCAAUGCAAACUGCAAUAAUAAAAAAAACAUAAAGUAAUAAAAACACAUCAUCGGAUUCAAACUGCACCCACCAAGCAGACAAACAUCCUGUCAGAAGUUCAAUUCCAAUCAUCGGCGAUUCAUCUAAUCUCACUACAAAAAUGUCAAAAAUAGUGGUGAUUUUCGACUUCGAUCGAACAAUAAUCGAUGAAGAUAGCGAUCGUUGGGUGAUUACCAACAUGGGUGUCACUCCUCUAUUCAAUCAGCUCUAUUCCACUUUGCCAUGGAACUCUCUCAUGAAUAGGAUGAUGGAGGAGCUUCAUAUUCAAGGGAAAACAAUUGAAGAUAUUGGAGAUUGUUUAAAGCAAAUGCCAUUACAUCCGAAGAUAAUAUCAGCAAUUAAAUCUGCUCAUUCUAUGGGGUGUGAAUUGUGGAUUGUAAGUGAUGCGAAUCAAUUUUAUAUCAAGACGAUAUUGGAACAAUAUCACUUGUUAGAGUUCUUCAAAGAAGUAACAACGAAUCCAACGUUUGUUGAUGAUGAAGGGAGGUUUCGGAUUAUGCCGUAUCAUGAUUCCAAGUUGCUUCCUCAUGGAUGUAAUCUUUGCCCUCCCCACAUGUGCAAGGGACUGAUUCUUGAGCGUAUACAAACUUCUGCUGAAGAAAAUGGGAAAAGUACUACCAUCUAUAUUGGUGAUGGUGGAGGUGAUUACUGCCCAAGUUUGAAACUCAGAGGAAAUGAUCAUGUCAUGCCGCGGAAGAAUUUUCCUUUGUGGAAGCGUAUCAACAGCGACCCUUCCCUCGUCAAGGCCAGUGUCAAUGACUGGAGCAAUGGAGAAGAGCUUGAAUCUACCUUAAUCCAUCUUAUAAGUACAGUUGGUGGAAACCCUUCCUUAUGCGCUUCUACUGAGUUCGAUUUAACGAGCAAGGUCCAGAGUAAACCUGCAGCAACCAUUGAAUUAUGUCAUAGUCUAUGACCCUCCUUGGAUUUUUGACAAGCAUUUUUUAUGUAAAUCAUCAAAUGUCAAGUAUUUGCUGAAUCAUCAUUGAACUGAUAAACUUUGCAUCACAUAGAAACUGGAAAGAAAAACACUUGUUAUACAUCUUAUUAUUCCCAUAAAGGAUAUUUUCAUUUGCAUGUAUGUCAACUUUAAGAUUAUAGCAAUAGAUUUCAAUUGUAGACUCUAAAUUUGUAUGCUUACUUAUCAAAACUUAUAUCUCGAGAUUGAGGUGGUGAAGUAGUGAUAUCACUCCUCCUCAACUUGAAUCCAUUUGGUAUAAGCCAGAAUCAAAUGUUAUAGGGGCUCAUUUGAUGGAUAAUGUAUUUCUCGAUGAAUACUGAACUUACAAAUAACAUC